ACCGUGAUUACAUCCCGCCUCCCCGCAUCAAGACCACCGCCAACGCCGACCGCUGCACGCCCUGGCUACGAAUUAACGCCCACGAACGACUCGGAUUACCCCUCGCCAACGCUUAAAGCGCCUCACAUUCACUUACUCAUACCUGCGAUACCCAUUUAAGCACUAUCCGACACGAUGUGGUGUGACAACUGUCUUCUGGUCAUGCCUCUUAGGGGGGGUGCAAUUGCCUGGGCCGUUGUGAUCGCUGCAUAUAGCUUGGCUGGAGGAAUAUUCCUUCUCGUUGAUGGCCAGUACAUAUUCUUCUUUUUCCCUGAAUGGCAAAUAUACGGCGGCAUCGGCAUUGGAGUAGCAGUUUCAGCGAUUCUGACCAUGUUUGCGCUCUCCAACCGAUCGUACAUCUGGACUCGAGUUGUGAAGUUUCUUUGGCCAUUUAUCAUCGUGAUUUGUGCCAUUAGGGCUAUCAUCAUGAUCGUGCAGCUCCAGAGAAAUCAAGACAAGAUCACAUGGGAAUGUAAUAACGGGGGUCAGCAAUGGAGCGAUGCAGCUGUGGCUGAGUCUCAGACGACCUCUACGGGAAGUCUUCCGAGCACCUUUUGUGCCGCGGGGUUCUCCAGCCUAAAUGUUGCUUUUAUUAUUUCGCUUCUCGUGGACCUCGUGUUCCAGCUUUACAUGUUCUUCUUGACUUGGAGAUUCUCUAAGCGGUUGGAGCAUUACGCUAAUAUGAAGGGCCCGUUCCACGGAGGAUACUACGCAUAGGCACCGGGUGUUCUUCUGCUCCUAGUCUCGGACUGUUUCUCGAUCUUCCAUUACCGCUUCUAUACUCACUUGGGACACCCCUCACGAUUUGUACGACAUUACGACCUUUAUGAUGCUUUAUCUUUGCUCCUUUAACGAUGACUUAUUAUUUGAUGACAUUUGAAUAGCGAGCGCCUGUAAUCGAUAUAGUGGGACCGCUU